GAAAUCAGUACGAAGGAAUCAUCAGGAACAACAAAUUUACUAAACACAACUGGCUCAACGAAGGGCCGGAAAGCAGUGUUCCAUCCUAAGGAAUCAAACGGCUCAGGACAGCACUCUACACAAAAACUUGAACUCAGAAGAAAGGAUGAGAAUGAAGAAUUUCAGAUGUACAACUUGAAAGGAAGAAAGGGUCAGACAUACAAAGAGUUCAGUGGGACUGAAGAUGAUGACUACCUGUAUUGUGAGAAGUGUCAGAUAUGCUUCCUGAAGAGCUGUGCUGCUCAUGGACCUCCCGUGUUUCUAAAGGACAAUCCAGUGGAUAAGGGACAUCCUACUCAUGCUCUCAGUGUGCCCACUGGACUUCGAAUUGGCCAAUCGAGCAUUCCGGAAGCUGGGCUUGGAGUAUUUAAUGAAACAUCUGAUCUGCUUUUGGGGCUGCACUUUGGUCCUUUUGAGGGCAAGAUCACAGAAGUGGAAGAGGAAGGCGACAGUGGGUACAGCUGGCAGAUAGCCAAGGGCAGGAACAGCUAUGAGUACGUGGAUGGAAAGGAUACUUCUUUGGCCAACUGGAUGAGGUAUGUGAACUGCGCCUGCAAUGAUGAGGAGCAGAAUUUGGUGGCCUUCCAGUACCACAUGCAGAUAUUUUACCGCACCUGCCAGGUCAUCAAACCAGGCUGUGAGCUGCUAAUAUGGUAUGGGGAUGAGUAUGGCCAGAAGCUGGGCAUCAAGGGAAACAAACUCUUGGAGAAAUACUUCAAAGAAGUCUCCAAAACCUGUGAUGUGGGCAUCACAGAAAACAGCCGCUGCCAGUAUGCCCUGCUGGGCACAGUUGGAGACACCAAACCAGAACCGGUUCAGCAGAAUCCGGACAGAGUCUGUCAGCUGGAGCCCACUCAGAAAAGCCUGCCUGCCUGGUGGCGGGAAGCCUUGUUGUCUCUCAGCGGAGCAGCACUUUUGAGUGGGAAUCCCAGGGAGAAGAGCUUGGUGCUGGGGCCUGCGGAAGUUUCCAACCAAGCCCGCGUUUGUGGAGUUCAAGUUCCGGGCAGCAGAGGGUCCAGCUCUACUAGACUCAAGCCCUGGAGGCAAGACUUCUCAGAGGUUCCUGCCAUGAUUGGCUCGUAA